CACGAUGGAAGCCUCUCCCUUAACACAACAAUUGAGACCGGAAACGUUCAAGCCUAAGAUUGUACAACUAUAUGAAGACCUAUUUACAACAUCUGACUACCCAGAACCCUCAGAGGGAUUUUGGAGGGAAUUCUUUCUACUGCCUCCAGACAAAACCCAACUCCAACGCAUUCUAGAUCAACUUAGUCCAGAUGAUAUACUGGGCCUGCAGUCACAAACCCAACAUCUCUUCGCGCGCGCAAUCCGCGAAGCUGCCUCGGGUGUCUCUCCGAAUGAAUCGUCCGCCUUGGAGACCUUGACGGUCUUCCUAUCUAGCAUCCUGAGAAAGAAGUACACCAAUCCUAGUUCCGACGUCAUCACAGUCCUUGCUGGACUCGAUGAAGUGGAUAGUGUGGCUACUGAAUUCGUUGCUGUUCUGGAUGGCAUAAUUCGAAAUAGCAAUAGCUUUGAUAUCCGGCACAAAGCAGUCAGAACGGCGAUUGCGAUGACUAGCGGCGCCUAUCAAACUAGUCUCAUCUCUUACUUUACCCAUAGAGAUCUUUUCCCCUCCAUUAUGAAGUUUAUUCAUGAGUCCGAAACGACCAUGGAGGUAAUCGAACCGUUCAUCCUUCUUGGACUGUUGGCAAACUACAACAAAUUUGAAUUUCAGAAUCCUUACCAAUUACGCCUCGACGACUUUGUCAACGAAUCUACCAUCAAUAAGAUCGUCGAGGGGGUAGGAUUGUCGUGUGCUGCCCUGAGAAAUGGCUACAUUGCUGUGCAGGACGAUAUUCCCGAAGGCUGGUCACUAGCCGGCACUCUGGUAUUCUUCGGCCUACGUGCACUCACCACUGGAGCAAAGGACAGAUCGACUCCGCUGACUGCGGAGGAGGCGAGAGAGAGUUUUACUGCUCUGCCGGCCCCUGAAGCAGCGAUCCUGUUGUCCACGUACGAUUUUCUAAACGCAAACAAACUUUUUGGUUACCAUCUGGUGACUGCUAUGCCCAGCAAGAACACUGAGGAGUCUCCUUUCUCAAACUUCCUCUCCUUAACAUCUUAUCUCCUCCACCACGCCUAUCGAUCCACGAGGGUAGCUCAUUAUGCUGAGCUUAAUCUGUUCAGCCUCCGUAUCAUUGUCGAGGAUCCUACUCUCUGCAAACAAAUCUGCAGCCAGGAAGGCAAACGAAAGGUCCGAUUGUGCCGACAGAGACAACCGUAUCUUCCUUUGGUCAACGGAGACCGUAUCAUGGUAACUGUGAUCUUCGAUAUCAUGAUUGAUACUAUUUCCCACAAUCUUCGUCGACGUCUCGAUGCAGGCCUAUACAGCCAAACUAUCGCAAUUCUCCUCCGCCUUCUCACAUUCCUGUCUACCAACAAAAUCCGGCUAUCAUAUCACUGGUCCGAGCUAUGGCGCACGCUCCUCACUCUCAUGCGAUUCUUGACAACUUAUGCCUCAGAUCUAUCCAGCAACCCGCAUAUCGGCGCUCUCACAAAUUCCCUAACCAAUGUGAUCGCCUUCUGCGCGUUUGCAGGAGACACGUUCCUUCCAGACCCCGCCUCUUACGACGACCUAUUCUACAAGCUCGUCGAGACUGGCCCCAUUAUAUCUAGAUUCCGUGAGGUCUACUCGGUCAACUUUUCCACCUCUUCCACGUCAACCACUACUUUGUCUUCCCCAGCCUCGAAAAUCGCAACCCCAAUCUCAACCAGCAUCAAAGAUAGUACCCACACUGCCGCUAUCGAUGCCCUCUUAUCCAUCUCUGCACAUUUUUACGCACUUCUCUUUCCCCAUGAAAAAGCCAAGAAUGAUAGUGCGAAUAAUAAGCCACCAAAACAGGACGGUGCAGACGGGGAAGCUAUUACUAUCCAUCCUAUCACCAGGAGAAACCUCAGCCCCCGUGAAGUUCACCGAAUUAUCAAGCAAGGCUAUGAUACAUUGAGCAUACAGCCACCCGACGAUCUCAAUACGUGGGAAAAGUGGCGUGAGACGGAUUGGAAGACGCAGUUGAAACGGGCCGCUAGGGUGACUGUUGAUGAUGCCAAACAGCUUAUUGCUUAGGUAUUAUUCAUGCUCUGGAUAACUUUCCUUUUCUCUCUCUUUUAUCUUUUCUUUCAUUUUGAGUCCCGAGAGUGGCCCACUCUGUUCAUGUCUUGGGUAAUGAAGAAUAAGAAGACUAGGAUGGAAAUCCCCCCCACCAAUUUUUUUUUUUAUUCCCCCUCUGCUGCCUCUUUGUCGUAGGCCUGUCAAGAUAUAUAUUUGGAUGGGAUGGUGGAAAUGGAUUAUCGAGUUCAAGUUCAAUAUAUCUUUCAGAUCUAUCUCUCAAUAAUAC